GUUCCUCCUGUGUCUUGCAACAUGGACUUUGAUGAGAUUCUGGUCAAGUGCGGCAAUAGUCAUCGCUAUCAGUAUUUACUUUUGGGCCUAUAUGGCUUUCUCUUGGUCUUCGUAUCCAUGCACUACUUCUCCCAGAAUGUGAUCAGUUUUGUGCCCAAUCAUUGGUGUUAUCACGAGCAGCUGGAGAAUCGCAGCUUCUCACAGAUCGAGGCAAUAUAUAAAAGGUUUGAGAAACCUUCCUGCACUCGCCUAGCAACAAUUGAUUUGGAAGAAGGAAAUGCAACGAUCAGUGCUGAUCGCUGCGAUCGCUGGAUUUAUAACUAUGAUUUUGGUUUUCGAAGCAUGAACACCGAGCUUAAUUGGGUUUGUGAUCAGGCCUAUAAGGCGCGAGUUGGCCAAUCGUUUUUCUUUGCGGGCUCCAUGUGUGGAACGCUGAUCUUUGGCUUACUGGGCGAUAAAAUCGGACGCAUUAAGGCUUUAAUUCUGGCCAAUUUGUGUGGGUUCUUGGGCGAUUUCUCAACCAUCUUCACGGGCAGUUUGACGGCUUUUUCUAUAACUCGUUUCGUUUCUGGCCUGGCUGCCGAUGCAAACUCGUAUCUGAUGUAUAUUCUUAUUCUCGAAUAUGUGUCUCCCUCCAUGCGAAAUGUGGCGCUGAAUACGGUGUUGGGUAUGUUUUAUUCCUUGGGUUUGUUUGGCGCUUCUUGGCUGGCUGUUUUCGUUGGCAAUUGGCGUCUUUUUCUGGCCUGCUCCUCGUUGCCACUGCUGCUGGUCACACUGUUUUAUUUCCUGGUGCAGGAGAGCGCACAGUGGCUGGUCACACGUGAUGAUAUCGAUGGAGCAAUUAGGAGAUUGCAGCGUGUGGCGAAGAUCAAUCGUCGUGUGGUUAGCGAUGAGGACUUCAGGGAAUUUAGGAGUUAUUGCGAGAGCAAUUAUCAAAAGGACACAGUGGGGGAAUCGAAGGCCAAGCUGACGGAUAUGUUGAAGACUCCACGCAUGCGCAGCACUGCAAUCAAAAUUCUGCUCAUUUUCAUGAUUGUUGUGCCCUGUUACAAUACCAUAGCUCGGAAUGUGGAAGGUUUGGGCAUCUCUCCAUUCAUUAUGUUCUCGCUGAAUGCUUUGAUGCUGCCACCGUCGGGAUAUCUGCAAGGAUUGCUGCAGGAUGUGAGUGGACGCAAACUCACAGCGGUCAGUUGGAUGGCCAUUACGGGCAUCUUUGCAGUGGCUGCCGGUUUGGUUAUUUCUCAGGGCCAGAAUCAUAAUGUUCUGCUACUGGUGGGACUAACGCUCGCUGCACGCUUUGGCGUCUCCAUUGCCGAUGGAGCCAGCUCCCAACUCUGCACCGAACUCAUUCCCACCAGUGUGCGGGGUCGUGGAGUUGCUGCGGCUCAUGUUGCCGGCUUUGCUGCCUCCUUCUUAUCGCCCUACAUCAUCCAUUUGGGCACCUACUUUAAGCCAGCUCCUGCCAUAAUACUCGGCCUGCUUUUUAUAGCUGGCGCUUUAAUUUGUUUGCUGCUGCCCGAGACUCGCAAUAAGAAACUGCCCAUGAAUCUGGCUGAAGGAGAGAAAUUUGGAUCAGACGAACGCAUGUUUGAUUUUCUGCUUCUACUACGAAAGGAUAAGGCUUCGGAAGUGGAGCUGGAAACAGAACUGAAAGAAAAGGAAGUCCAUCAAUAGCAAAGUCUAGCCAAGUCGAUAUUGUCGUGUCAUAACAAAUUGAUUAAUUUCCUUAAUUUAGGUACUUAAUUUUCGUAUUAAUCGUUCAUUACAUAAGGAAAAGACAUAAAAGUCAAGAAAAUUCAUUAAAAGAAAAUCACAUAAAUGGUCAAUUUUACAGAAAAAAUUCCUUAAUUUUCUAAAGUUGGUAAACAUAAUGAGUAAAAUGCUGAGAAGAUAUUUGAAUAGAAAACUUUUGCAUACUUACUUAUGUCUUUCCACAAUUUAAGAAAUUUGAGCAGAAGAUUGAAAAAGAAACUCAAGCGAAUAGUUAGCUUUAAGAUCAAUUGCAUAAAUAAAUAAAGAAAAUGCAUUAUUUUUAUAAGUUUGCAGAAUCUUGAAAUGGAACGCUACAUUCGAGUAUAUUCGAUAACGCUACCCUUGAUUGUAACAAACGAAUUAAAGAUAUCGUGGUAAAUAGUAAUCUAAAUCUCAGUAAAAGACUUGCUGCAAAUA